UAAGUAAACAAAUAGAAAAAUACAGUAAAUACAUCUAAGGGAAGGAGCCGUGGAUACUGUGGAGGAGCUCGAUGGGAGGAGCUCUACCUGUGCGUGUUAUGUUUGUAGAUAUAAGCUGAGAUAAAAAUGCUGUUUCACCUGUUUCUAUCGACGCAAGGCACAAACAGGUGCAUACAACAAAACCUGUGCCACCUGACUUCAGCAGGUUCUUUGAUCGAACACUCCAAUUGGAGGAGUAUCGGGUGAAAGCUCAGUACAGAAAUCAUGGAGUCAAACACUUCAAAAGGUCAGUCUAGAAGAAGCCCUGGAGAAGCCAAAGAGCCAGUGGUGAGAAGAAAAGCUGAGGCUAGAAAAUUAGGAGUAGGAAGGGGUGGGGUGAGGCUGAGCAAGGCUGCAGGAGAGGAGCAGCACAGAGUGGUAGUCCAGGUGAAUAGAGUAACAGGCAGGGGGAGGAAAGGAGACGUGGGGAAAGGCAGGCAAAGCCAGCCAAACACCAACAAAGUUUCACGAGAGCCUGAUCUGACAAUAAAGUUAGAGAAACAAGCUGUAGGUGAGAGAAAAAGUGGACAGACAGUAGAGAGAAAUGAAAGUACAGUAAGAGUCACAAAGGAAGAACCAAACAAAAGGGUGGAAGUGAAGAAAGGAGAUGGGGAUGGAGAGAUUAUUCUUCAAAAAGGUGAGGAAGAAAAAAAGAUGUGUGAGCUCUUUAAAAAGGGACCAGGAGCUGCAGGAAAAGGAACAAGGGAAGGAAACCAGGUAAAGAAAAAACUAUCGAGAACUGGAAGUAAACAAUCAUUGGGAGUUGAGGACUAUCUGACCCUCCUGAAGUUAUUAAAAAUUAACCUGCCUAAGGGAGCACUGAAUCUAAUGGUCAUCAAACACUCAGCAGAUCCAAACAUCAUCCAGGAUGCCAAAGAUAUUGUCCAAGACCUGGAAAAAUUUAAACUUAAGUUUAUUGCAAACCCUCGUCUGGGGUGCCGUGAGGUUAAGCACGCGCUGAUUCUGAAAAAGAGAGGCAAUGCUCGAGAACUCACACGGAUAAUUUUUUUCGAGAAUGCUAAAGAUUCUGAGGAAACCUUGAAAGAUGCAUGGCUAAAAAAUGCAUCCAACAGUGGCCACGGGUUCAGAAUGAGGGACAGAUACAGGACCACCCCCAUCUCCAUACCUGUCAUGUAUGCUACAGCAAAAACAAGGAGCUGGAAAUGUUUAGAGACAGGAGAAGAUCAUGCAAAGAUCACAGAAGGUGUGAGGAUAAACAUUCAAGAGCUUGAGAAGAUGGAAUACUCUGAUGAAUCUUUGAUCCAGGCAUCUUCUAGCCCGCAGAGGUUUGGAAAUUUUUUCCGAAACCCAGCAGAUGAAAUGGAAUGCCUUAAGUUCUUCCAUGAACAGAGAGAGAUUAUGUCAAAAUACGACAAACUGACCUACACCAAGGGCAACAAGGUGGAAUUUGGGUUCCUCACAGGAAAUUUGGACUUUCUAGCAGAGGCCAGGCACAAGACAGUCCCUGGUAAAAGCGUCCAACUUAGUACACCAAACAAAGACAAAAUCAUAAUUGAAUGUAAAGGGACUACUGGUGACAUGGUGGGCAAACUGUUCACUAAGCCCCACAAUGGAUGUUGCCAAGCUCAGUUUACUGAGACCCAUGAAUACUGGUACCAAACACAGGCCUAUAUGUACAUACUGAAAAGAGUGAAGCAAACUGCUACAGUCAGGGCUGUGAUGGUGGUCAGACAUUAUCACAGCAACAGCAGCAGAUCGAGAGAUUUCUACUGGAACUACCUGAGGGAGGACCACACCAAGCAGAUCGAUGAGCUGAGAGUGUACUGCCAAGAGGAGGUGUUGCCUCGAUUCCUGGCUGUGCUCACACUCAUCUUCCAGAAAGAGACUGAUGCCUUGGAACAAACACUUUGAAAAGAUGACUAUUAUUAUUAACAAACAGUAUUUAUUAAGUAUUUAAAAGAUUUUACAUGAUGUAUAAUGUCCGCGAUUGUUUGUCGUCCCUUUGGAAUGAUAAGGUUUAAUCUGCACCCUGAGCAGUUCUGAGAUAUUGAGUUUCAAAUUGCAUUCUAAAUAGCAAAAUUGACAUGUGGUCAAUAAGUCUGUGUCAUACAUAAAAUUGACAGACACCUUAAAUAUAUUCUAAAUGUACAAUAUCAAAAUCCUAUCAAAUUUGUAAAAGGUCAAAUACAGAAACAACCUUCUAAUCCUAAGAACUCACUUUCUGCUUGGAAUUAAAAGACCUUAUCUGACAAAAUAUGAAAAGAAGCAAUGAUUUUCAAGGAACACAAACAGGUUACUGAUCAUUGUUUUAAAGAAUAAAAUUGGUGUUGUAGCAGAGUGUGUCACAGUUGGCUCCUCCCACUACUCCAUGUGCUCCUUUGUUUUGAUCUUCCAUGUUUGUUUUGGUUUAGCCCCCUCAUUUUAUGACUCCGCCCCUGAUUGUCUCCACCUGUUUUCCCCCUGUCCCUUGU